AUGAGGGGGACUCCCCAGGCCGUCGAGGGCCGCAGCGCUGGCCGCCAACCUCCGGAGCGCGAGGGGGCGCGCGGACUCGGGCGCGGGGCGCGAGGCACUUACCCCGAGCAGAGAAGAGCAGAGCCGAGCCGAGCCGAGCGCCGCGCGCAGCCACGAGCAACUCCGGCUAACUUGGGGCGGCGGGGCCGCCCGCGAGGACUUUCGAACGCGCGCGCGCCGGGACAGGACGCGCCGCCGGGGGGAGGGGGCGGGGGCGGAGUGCGCGCUCCCGGACGCACGCACACGAGCGCGCGCGCGGGCCGGGGGAGGCCCGACAGAGGCGAGCGCGAGCCUGGGGCGGGGCGGGGCGGCGGGCGCGCGGAGACGCGCGCGCGCUCCCUCCCUCGUGGCGGCCGCUCCGGGGAACGGCCCGGGCGCGCGAGGCUCCACUCUGGCCUUAAAGGGCCAGUCCCGGCGCCUCACGGGACUCGGGGCCUGCCGCGGGAAGACCCUCACCCCGCCCCCACUCCGCCCUCCGGAGCGCAGCUGCAGUUCCAGGACCAGAAGGUCCGCUUCAGGGACCCCCGCCCUCCGUGCAGUGCUCACGAGUCCCCCGUCUCGCCUCCAAAGGGUCAGGGAGCCCCGGUCCCGGCCAGGAUCCCCGCAUCCGGCCGAGACCCCCUUCUGCACCGCCCCCUCCCCGUCCUCGCCCUCAGGAGCCGGACCGAAGGGGAUGACCUAGCUGCCACCGGGCCCAACCUGCGCGUGGGGGAGGGGAGGGGUCCUCCUGUGCCCGGAAGGCUAGGCGCUCUCCCCCAGCGACCGCGCCGGGCACCCACUGGGUGCCCCAUCGAUGCCUCCUCCCCUGCCCCAGCCCAGAAGCUCGCCCGGCCCCGGGGAGAAUCCGAGGGCCGGGAGGAGAAGGCUACGCACCUGACUCCGGGGAGGCGGCAGCCCCGCGCGGUCCUCGGGCGCUUUGAAGCGGAGCGUCGGCCCCGGCGAGGCAGCAGCUAG